CAGUCUGAUGGUUACAUUUAAUUUUUCAGAAAAUCAAUGGCAAUUUAAUAACAAAUUACAAAGAACUAAAGUUGUUUGCCUUAUUUUUUCUUGUUGGAAAUCUGCUGCUGUUUUGACUGUUCUGUACCAAUUUUGGUGCUGUUCUUGCUGCUCCUUUGAUAUAUACUGAAAGAUUUAUAUCAUGCCAAAAUAUAAUAAUAAUAAUAAUAAUUAUUAUUAUUAUUAUUAUAAUUAUAAUAAUAAUAAUAAUAAUAGGAUUUUUCUAAUGCAGAGGCCAGGGAAUAGAUUUUUUUUAAAACACAGGUGCACUGAGAAACUGGCACACAAGCAAAGAAGACUAAAGCAAACCAGCAUAAAAGGACUGCUCCCAGCUGGGAAGAAGGAGGACAAUAUCUGAGCGAAAUGAUAAAAAAAGCAAUAACAGCGAUUCAUUGCACACAGAUAACUACUAUUAAAAAAAUACAGGGCGCAGGUGUUCAGCUUGUUCUAGCUUUCUACACAUUUCACAAAAAACACAGAAUACAGUUUAAAUCUGGUUCCUGGAAGCUGAAAUUAAUAAGGACCGGUUCGGUGACACCAGCUGCAGAAAUGGCGGGUCAGGGUUCAUGUGGAAAAAACUUUAAUAUUGGACGUGUUUUGGUUACACGUUUCACAUGGUGUGCCAACAUUUUCUUGCUGUAAGAUAGGCUACUCAAGGACGACAAGAGUUGGAAAGGGCUGGAAAAAAGCAAGCGCUCACACCAUGAAGCAGAUGCACCUGGAGGAGAUCGUGAUGGAAGCGCUCAUACCGGCUUCGCGCAACGCCACGGAGACCGCGGGGAGGGUCGUCUCCGGAGCAACCGCCGCGUUACUGUCCGGAGCAACCGCCGCGUUGCUCCUCCUGCUCUGUGCGCUCCUCGUGGCCUGGAGCCGAUCAGACAAGUCCUCUGUGCCAGGACCCCCAUUCUACAUGGGCGUCGGCCCGCUUCUCUCUUACUUCCGAUUCAUUUGGACCGGGAUUGGCACCGCGAGCAAUUACUACAACGAAAGAUAUGGGGACAUAGUCAGGGUGUGGAUAAACGGAGAGGAGACGAUCAUCCUUAGCAGGUCAUCUGCAGUGUACCAGGUGCUGAGGAAGCCUCAGUACACCAGCAGGUUCGGCAGUAAACAAGGCCUGCGCUGCAUUGGCAUGCAUGAGAGAGGAAUCAUUUUCAACAACAACAUAGAGCUCUGGAAGAAAGUCCGCACCUACUUUGCUAAAGCUCUAACAGGUCCUGCGCUGCAGCGCACGGUGGCCAUUUGCGUCGCCUCCACAGACUCGCACCUGGACCAGCUGGAGGAGCUGACCGACCUCUCGGGCCAGGUGGACAUCCUCAACCUGCUGCGCUGCACCAUAGUGGACAUCUCCAACCAGAUGUUCCUCAGGGUACCCCUCAACGAAAAGGAGCUUCUGGUUAAAAUUCAGAAGUAUUUUGAAGCCUGGCAGACAGUUCUGAUCAGGCCAGACUUUUUGUUCAAAUUUGAGUGGAUGUACAAAGAACACAAGGAAGCAGCCCAUGAGCUGCACGAAGCAAUGGAAAUACUCGUGGAGAAAAAACGCAAGGCUCUCGAGGAGGCAGAGAAGCUGGAUGAUGCUGACUUUGCCACUGAUUUAAUAUUCGCUCAGAACCACGGGGAGCUGUCGGCAGAAAACGUGCGACAGUGCAUACUGGAGAUGAUCAUAGCCGCACCAGACACCAUGUCCAUCAGCCUGUUCUUCAUGCUCAUGCUGCUCAAACAGAACCCAGAGGUAGAGCAGGAAAUACUGAAGGAGCUGGACACUGUGAUCGGUGACAAGAAAGCAGAAAACAGCAACUUACAACAUCUAAUCAUCAUGGAGAGUUUCAUUAAUGAGUCCCUACGCUAUCAUCCAGUGGUGGACUUCACCAUGAGGAAAUCCUUGGAGGAUGAUGUCAUCGAAGGCUACAAGGUUUUCAAGGGAACGAACAUCAUCCUUAAUGUUGGGCGUAUGCAUAAAUGCGAAUUCUUCUCCAAACCCAAUGAAUUCAGCCUAGAGAACUUUGAAAAAACUGUGCCCAACCGUUUCUUCCAGCCCUUCGGUUCCGGGCCACGUUCCUGCGUUGGGAAACACAUCUCCAUGGUGAUGAUGAAAGCCAUCUUGGCGACGCUGCUGUCGCGGUACACCAUGUGCCCUCGAGAUGGCCGCACCCUCAACAACAUCCGCAAGACCAACAACCUGUCGCAACAGCUGGCUGAGAAAGACAGCGAGCUGACCAUGAUGUUCACCCCCAGGCGCAGACAGUAACGUGGCCGCUUCCAUCUCAUCGCUUUUGUUCAUCCACUCCGUAGCAAAGAAUGGUUCGUUAUUAUUAGACAUUUUUAUAUUGUACAGGUUCUUUUUUAUUUUUAAGUGUAGAAAUGCUACCUUAUAGAUAUUGUUGUUUAUAUUUUGUGGUUGACUAUUUGUGUAACGUUUUGGCUUCAAAGGAAUUCAAAUGCUUAACCGGUUUAAACAUUUUUGAGUAUCACAGACAGGCUGUUAUAACAAUAUAUUGUUCUGUAUUUCAAUGUAACCAAACCCAAAAGUAAAAAAUAUAUAUAUUGGCAGUAAAA